AUCAAAUUAAUUGUGAUCCAAUUACAGCACCUCUGUGGAGUGAGACCCCUGUGUGCAACAAAACCCAGCCCGUGGCCUGCCUCGUCCUCACUGCUGCCCGUGACUGGAGUAAAGACUGACCCAAAACAUACCAACUCAAACCUCGAUCCAUCGCACACCGAGAUAGACCUCGUCCUCUCGGACUGUACACACUUCACCGUCGAGGUCUCACCAGUCUCUCGGUAUGGAGUGCAAUGCCUCGCCAAAGCCGCAACUGUCUUCACGCGCCAAUGCGUUCUCGAUCGCGGCGAUCAUGUCUUCGUCCUGCUCUACAAAGAAGGACAGUCCAGAACAAGCCAUCAAGCCGCUAGAGAACUUUGUAGAGAAGUCCGGUUGCGCACAGCCCCUGUGUGGGGAGGCUUCCUCCGCCGAGACCACCACAGACGGCGGGCGGGCAGGAAGGGAGAGUAGCGCCGCCGAGUCUCGACAGGAGUCAGCCAGCACAGAACCAGCGCCUUCCGACGGCUCCCACCUCCAGAACAAGGAGGGCAGUCCCGAGCUGAAAAACGUCCAAUGCAAGCUAGAGUCCAAAGAACUGUGGGAUAAAUUCCACGAACUGGGCACGGAGAUGAUCAUCACGAAGUCUGGAAGGAGGAUGUUCCCGACUAUCAGGGUGUCGUUCUCCGGGGUGGACCCAGACGCCAAGUACAUCGUGUUGAUGGACAUCAUCCCCGUGGACAACAAGCGGUACCGGUACGCCUACCACCGGUCCUCCUGGCUGGUGGCGGGGAAGGCCGACCCGCCGCAGCCCGCCCGACUCUACGUCCACCCGGACUCCCCCUUCACGGGCGAGCAGCUCCAGAAACAGAUAGUCUCCUUCGAGAAGCUCAAACUCACCAACAAUGAGUUGGACCAACACGGCCAUAUAAUCUUGAACUCGAUGCACCGGUACCAGCCUCGCGUGCACAUUAUAAAGAAGAAGGAACACACGGCGUCUCUUCUCAACCUCAACUCAGAGGAGUUCAAGACAUUCGUCUUCCAAGAGUGCAUGUUCACAGCCGUUACCGCCUACCAAAACCAACUGAUCACAAAGCUAAAGAUCGACAGCAACCCAUUCGCCAAGGGGUUCCGAGACUCGUCUCGACUCACCGACAUAGAAAGUGACCUUUCUUGGCGUGCCUGCAGGGAGAGUGUGGAGACCAUGCUGAAGGAACACCGGUACGCCCGCUCACCCAUCCGGGCAUACGCCGAGGAGGAACCGCCCAGGAAAAGCCCGCGUCUGUCCAGCUCCUCAUCCUCCGAAGGUGGCCUGACGUCUCCCAGCACGUCAGUUGGAGGAUGGCCCUCUCCCUCCUUCACCCCGUUACCUCACUACCCUCACUCCUCUCACCCCAUUCCCAUCACACCCCAUCCCAUCAACCCCUCUGUUACAGCCACCACAUCUAGCCUGACCUCCCCACUCCCACACCCUCUGCCCCACACCCUGGGGUUCGGGGCCCUGGGUAUACCGGGCUUGCCGCAUCCAUCCUCAGCUCUCCCCGCCCCCAUCCCCAUGUUGUCCGCCCCCUCCCCUUUCCACCCCCUCCACAUACAGAGGUACCCGUACUUCCCGCAGACGGCCUACUCCUCCGUCCACACACUCAGGCAUUAUGUAUAGUCAAGAAGAACGCGAGACCAGGUGGUGCCAUUGUAUAGCCGCGGCACAGGAGAGUCUCAUCUAGGCACCAGCAAGACGCACCACACAUUCCCCUGAUGCCCAACUGUAGAAAAAAAAAGAAUUUACCUGAUGCUGUACAGUAUCAAAUAUCCUGUAGCAUAUUUGUAUUACCAAGAUUAUUUAUAUGUAAAACUGAGAAAGAGCACUGGUGCCAAAUAAGUUAUUGUUUUUGAUGUCACGUGGUCAGCAGGGUAUCUCAUUGGUUGAUAGUAAAAGUCAGUUAAAGUGUUGUACAUUGUAUAAAGUAUAUUGUGAAGAGAGGAAAAAAUAGCAGGAUGAUAGGUCGAAUGGUGUUUAAAUGCUUGUGUUUUUUUUUACAACAGAUUAAGAUUAGAUAAGGAUUUCAUAGCGAGGUAUCUUUACAAGGGCACGCAAAGAAGAUCAUUAUUUAGCUUUCUUGAGUAGUUUUGACCAGGAAAAAUCAAGAGAAUCUAUGUCAGGUAACACGUUGAAGACUCUGAACGUUUGGCUAAGUUUGGUAACGCGCAAGCACCACUAGAUAUCGACUGUUUUGUAAGUCUGCCUAUCAGAUAAAUAUUGUAUGGUCAUAGAACGUAUUUCUUUCUUUCCUUUACAUGCUUUUAAGAUAGAUAUGGCAUUCCGUCGUUUCCAAAUAUGAAGAAAAACGUCGUGCUAGAGACUUGUACAGCUGCUGCAUAUAGUAAUUCCUUACAAAAAAUGAUUAUUGACAAAAUUGUACAGAGAUUAUAACAAUGUUCAACACACAAGUAAGAAUGAUAUCUUGUAUGUGCAAUAAAUAAUCAUCAGUGUA